CGGACGCCGGAUCCACGCGCGCCUGCCGGGGCAAGUGGCGGCGAGCCGGCGAGCGGACGUCCCCAGCUCCUGCUGCCGGAGGUCCCGCCAGCCCUGCCCUUGGAAGCCCCGCCCAGGGAGAUGGCAGCGGCCUAACCUGCCCCACCGCGGUUCCGCCCAUCCAGCCCAUGGGCUCCCUCAGGCGCGCCCCGCCAACAGAAACGCGGCGGCCGCGAUGGCGGCGGACGUCGAGGGGGACGUGUACGUGCUGGUGGAGCACCCCUUCGAGUACACGGGCAAGGACGGGCGCCGGGUGGCCAUCCAGCCCAACGAGCGCUACCGGCUGCUGCGCCGCAGCACGGAGCACUGGUGGCACGUGCGGCGCGAGCCCGACGGCCGCCCCUUCUACCUGCCGGCGCAGUACGUGCGCGACGACUCGGACAACCUGUACGAGGCCCUCCAGGACGUGUGCGACCCGCGGGAGGAGCGCCCGGAGCAGGUGGACGACCCCCCGGGGCCGAAGCCCGAGCCGGAGCCGGUGUAUGCCAACCUCGAGAGGCAGCCACAGCCGCAGCCACAGCCGCAACCUCGGGCCACAUCCCCCGCCGCCGCUGCCGCCGCCCCCGGCCCGGUGUGGCAGACGCUCACGGACGAGGGCACCGGGCUCCCCUACUACUACAACCCAGACACGGGCGUGACGACCUGGGAGUCGCCCUUCGAAGCGGCCGAGGGUGCCACCAGCCCGGCCACCUCCCGGGCCUCGGUGGGCAGCCGCGAGAGCCUCAGCGCCGAGUGGGACCAGUACUGGGAUGAGGAGAGCCACCGGGUGUUCUUCUACAACACGCUGACGGGCGAGACGGCCUGGGAGGACGAGCAGGAGCACGUGCCCGAGGACGAGCUGGAGAUGCAGCCCCGCGACAGACAGCGCAGCUCCCAGGACGAGCGGCCCCCCACUCCUGAGACGGACUACCCCGAGUUGCCUGCCUCUUACCCCGAAGAGGACUACUCCCCCGAGGGCUCUGUAAGUGAGCCGGACCCCAGUUCUCCCUCGGCACCGCCCCCUGGCUGGUCUUGCUACGUGGACGCUGAUGGACGGACGAUCUACACCAAUCACUACACCCAAGAGCAGUGGGUGAGGCUGGAGGACCACGGGAAGCCUUACUUCUACAACCGCAGUGACGCCACUGUUCAGUGGGAGCUGCCCCAGGUCCCUGUCCCUGCCCCUCGAAGCUUCCGUAAAACUAGCCGGGAAAGUGAGAUGCCAGCACAGGCCAGCCCACCAGAGGAGAAGAACAAGACCCUGGACAAGGCAGGUGUGCUCCAUCGCACCAAGACCGUGGACAAGGGGAAGAGACUCCGGAAGAAGCACUGGAGCACCUCCUGGACGGUGCUGGAGGGAGGCGUCCUGACAUUCUUCAAGGACUCCAAGAGCUUGGUGGCAGCUGGUCUGAGGCAGCCUUCCAAGCUCUCCACCCCUGAGUACACGGUGGAUCUGAGGGGGGCCUUGCUCACCUGGGCCCCCAAAGACAAAUCCAGCAAGAAGAAUGUACUGGAGCUGCGAAGCCGAGAUGGCUCAGAGUACCUGAUCCAGCACGACUCAGAGGGCAUCAUCAGCACCUGGCACAAGGCCAUCACCCAGGGCAUCCAGGAGCUGUCGGCAGACAUGCCCCCAGAGGAGGAAAUUGAGAGAAUCUGCAUGAACUCGGGGUCCAGGGAGCGCCUGGGCAGCUGGCAGGACAAGGAGGAUGACCUGCGGUACAGUGCAGCUGCACUGGCCCUGGGCGCCGGCGGCCUGGAGAGCGACUUGAGCAAGGUCCGGCACCGGCUGCGGAAGCUGCUGCUGAGGCGGCCCACGCUGCAGUCGCUGCGGGAGAAGGGCUACAUCAGAGACCAGGUGUUCGGCUGCCCGCUGGAGGAGCUGUGUGAGCGCGAGAGGAGCCGGGUGCCGCGCUUCGUGCAGCAGUGCAUCCGCACGGUGGAGGCCCGUGGACUGGACAUCGACGGACUAUACCGCAUCAGCGGGAACCUGGCCACCAUCCAGAAGCUGCGCCAUAGGGCGGACCACGAUGAGCGUCUCGACCUGGACGAUGGGCGCUGGGAGGACGUCCACGUCAUCACCGGCGCCCUGAAGCUCUUCUUUCGGGAGCUGCCAGAGCCCCUCUUCCCCUUCUCGCACUUCCCCCAGUUCAUGGCCGCCAUCAAGCUGCAGGACCAGGCGCAGCGCAUCCGCUGUGUGCGUGACCUGGUGCGCUCGCUGCCGGCCCCCAACCACGACACGCUGCGGCUGCUCUUUCAGCACCUGUGCCGGGUGAUCGAGCACGGCGAGGAGAACCGCAUGUCGGUGCAGAGCGUGGCCAUAGUGUUCGGGCCCACGCUGCUGCGGCCCGAGACGGAGGAGACCAGCAUGCCCAUGACCAUGGUGUUCCAGAACCAGGUGGUGGAGCUCAUCCUGCAGCAGUGCGCUGACAUCUUCCAGCCCCACUGACCACGGCCCGCCUCCGCUGGCGCUGUGGACUUGGGAACGGGGCAGCCCCUGGCCCUGCCACAGGAGCUGGGCAACUGGAGGCCACGCCUGGACUCUUAUCUCUGAGGCCCUGGGCCUCCAGCCCACCUGUAGGCGGUGCGAAUUCCGCACCAUCAGUUCCAAGGGUAUGGUGACCCCUGGUGGGGCAAUUAGCAAAAUGUGAUUUUUCCUUGCAGGUCCUAUUCCUGGGUUAGCUGGAUCGUGUUCGUUGUCACAGCGCCACCUACUGUGCAUUGCCAGAAUGAGGGUGGGAGCGGGGCCCCUGGGCCGCCUCGCUGGGAGGAGGAAUCUGGGGUGAAGUCUUCCGCCCUAAACCUGCUGGCGACGGUCUUCCAGGGCCUGGCCCUGAGCUGGCCUCCAGGCAGGAACUGACAGCUUCCCUGCGGCAAAACAGAACUGAGGGCGGCCUCCAGUGUGGGCGGUAGGGGGCGCCCCCUAGCGGUUCCGGGCUGGGGGAGACAUUUAGUCUGCUGUCCUGUUUGGGGUUCCAGGCCUCUGCCCUCCCUGAUCCCUUACAUUCCAUGCAAAGAUCCUCCCCAGUCACUAAGUGUGUACCUUCUCCCUGCCAAGCGAGUUGCCCAUUGCCACACGCAACCCCAUUCUGCAGAUAGGGAAACAGGCUUGCAGACUCAGAGAACUGCUCAGGGCCCAGCUGGGUGACCUGAUGUACACUAGAGCCUCACCUCCUGGAGGCUGAAAUCAAUCCUUUCACCUACCGCCCCCUCAACCCAGCGUGGGAAAAUAGGUAAAGCAAAAGAAACUACCCGGUGCCUUCUGUCCAGAUCUGGGGGGGAAGGGGAAGGGCGGAGGUAGAGGAGAGCCUGCCCAGAGCUUCUGGGGGAGGGGCUCACACAGGCAAGAGCCUGGCCCCUCUUGGCUUGCUGGCUGUCAGGGAUGCCCACCUGGUGCCCACCUUGCCUUGAAGACAGGGAGACAGGUGGGGAUGGAGCCGCAGGGAAGGGCGCAUCCUGGGUUCAGCCGCCCCCUUUCCUCCUUGUACACAAACACCUCAGGUUAUGGGUCCUGGUCCCCACCCAUCUGUUCAUGUAUUCAACAAACAAUAAUAGUUAAUAUUUAUUGGACAUUCGCAUCAUGUCAAGCAUUUUACUUGGAUUGUCUCAUUCGUUUCUCACAGCCAGUAUUUAUUUUCUGCUGUUCUGUGCCAGGCACUGUGCCCUGGGGCAGGGCACUGCCCACACUGCCUACCCUGUGGAGCCUGCGUGUGGCCAGUGAGGCCAGCCAGGCCCUGUCUAGUGCCGGUGGGGCUGGGGGUGUGUACAGUGGAGGCCUCACACCAGCCACCAAAUAUUUAAAAGUUGAGUC